AUGACUCUCAUAGUUCAUCAUCUUCAAGUGUCUCAGUCGGAGCGCAUCCCCUGGCUCUGCGAGGAGCUCGGCAUCGACUACGAGCUCAAGAACUACAAACGAGCUCCCAUCUUCGCUCCGCCAGAAUACAAGGCACUGCAUCCUCAAGGCACCGCCCCGAUAAUCCAAGAUGGCGAUCUUUUCCUCGCCGAAAGCGGUGCCUGCAUCGAAUACAUCUACAACAAGCACGGCCCCAGCAAUCCAAGCGGGCCAAAACUCUUUUUAGAACCUAGUGAUCCAGCCUACGCUGAGUUUCUUUACUGGUGGCAUUGGUCCAAUAGCAACUUCCAGCCAUCACUUAGCCGAUCCAUGUUGGUGCAAAGCGCCGGCUUGGGAGACGAUAAUCCGACUGUCAAGUAUGGAAGGGGGCGCUUUGCGACGAGCCUGAAAAUACUUGACGAUAGGCUGAAGGGAAACAAGUGGCUUGUAGGGGAGAAAUUUACCGCGGCCGACAUCAUGAUUGUGUUCUCUUUGACAACCAUGAGGUACUGGUACCCUUAUAGCCUACGUGAUUAUGGCAAUAUUCUUGGCUAUCUUCAGCGUGUUUCGGAGAGGGAAGCAUACCAACGAGCAAUGAAGAAGAGUGACCCGGACAUGGAAUUGAUUUUAGGCGCCGAAUCUCCGUCGAAGCCCUUUAUUAUGUAA